AUGCCACCCAAACGCAAGUCUAAGAGACGCAGGUCAUUAAAUAGUUUCUAUGGAUCUGUUUGCCCACACGAAUGUUUUACUCUACAGGCCAAGUAUGAGAAUUUGGUGAACGGAAAGGAUGUCCUUGAGUCACAUCUCCACCAACAUCUUAUUGAACAUCUCAACGCCGAGAUAGUUUUGGGGACCGUGACGGAUUUAGGAGUGGCAGUAGAAUGGCUACGCACCACGUUCUUGUACGUAAGGGUACAGCGGAACCCACGGCACUACGGUCUUCAGGCCGGUCUCCAGCCCAACCAACUGGAGGCCAAGUUACAAGAAUUGUGCACGCGCGAGGUAAACGCUCUCUCUCGCGCCGGAAUGAUUUCUCAGAGCGAGGUGGAGUUGCAGCCCCUGACUCCCGGCAGGCUUAUGGCUCGCUAUUGCGUGUCCUUCGCCACUAUGGAGAAUUUCACGCAGCUGCGCGGAGACGAAAGUUUGAAGGAACUGGUUGAGGUCAUUUCCAGUACUCGAGAAUUCUGGGAUGUUAAGUUAAGGACCUCAGAGAAGAGAGUGCUGAACAGUAUUAACAAGACUCAAGGCAUCGGUCUUCGCUUCCCUAUCAAGGGGAGAAUCAUGAAGAGAGAACAAAAGAUAAACUGCUUGAUCCAGGCAGUGUUGGGCAGCCAGACAAUCCCGGAACCGAGUCUGACUCAGGACGCUAACAAGAUCUUCAGAACGGGACAGAGAAGUACCAAGUGCCUGGCCGAGUACGGUGCCACCCGCAGCGAGUACGAGCUGCAGCUGAACACGGCUCUCCUGGCGAAGUGCUUCCGCUGCCGCCUGUGGGAGAACACCCGUCACGUGACCCGCCAGCUGGAGAACAUUGGCCCCUCCUUCAGCGCCGCCUUCGUGCACGCCAAGAUCACUUCCUUCAGCGCUCUCGAAGCACUGUCGCCCAGGGAUGUGGAGCUUAUCCUCAACAGACAGCCUCCCUUUGGUAACAAGAUACGCGAUCAGGCGGUCAAGUUGCCACGCUACGAGCUGACUCUUCAGCAAACCAAUGAGGUAGCGCCGCGAACUAGCGAAGUGCGUGUCACGGUCGACCUGGUGAACAAAGACGACCUGGUUUCCGGCGCCACGACUCCCCGCCACCACUCGUGUCGCCUCGUCAUCGGGGACCUUGGCAACUGUGUCGUCUUCCAUCACAGGAUCACGGAUGCUGCGCUUCUGGUGUCGGGCUCCAUCUCGCGCACGUUCACGGUGUCCAGAUCGCACGCAGGAGAUGAACUCGCCAUCAAUUUCAUCUCGGAGACUUGGGCUGGCUUGGACGUACAGAGCUGCUACACGCCCCGGUACCUAGGUCCUCCACCUACUCCACCUCCUCCACUUCCGUCCGCUUCCACUCCUGCGCUAGAGGAUGCUCAGACUCCCCACGGCGCGGGGGCGCAAGGCAAGGGCGUCGGAGGGCCGGCGGGACGUCGCGCCUGCCUCCACGCGUGCGGCGACAAGACGGCGUGCGCCCACAGCUGCUGCAAGGUGGGCGUGUCGGGGCGUGGUAGGAGUAACAGCAGCAGUAAUGACAGCAGUAGCAGUAACAGCACCAACAGCAGAAGCAGCAGCGGCAGCAGGCAGAAGCAGAGUUUGCCGGGGCUGGUGCAGGAGAUGCGAGCGCGCGCCGGCCAACUGCCAUUCACGCCCGGCAAGAAGAUCAAGAUGGCAGAGGGGGAAGGUCGAACAGACGGACAUGAUUCAAGCCUCUCCAGAUUCCGUUACACGUCCAACCGUCCUCGAUUGUUGCCGUUUCCCGUCCCGAAAGGCCGCUCCAGCGUCCUUCCCGGCAACGCUUGCAAACCUUCGGAUCAAGACAUCAGAAACUUCUCACUCGCCAAGAAUCAACCUAACCUUCACCAUUUUUUCCGGAAGAACCAGAACGGGGAAGGAGGCGGCGGCAAAGACGAGUCCGCCGCCUUCGACGCCCGCGACCACGCCACCGAGGGAUUUUCCAGCGUCGAGGAGCGCGAGGCGUUCGAGGACCUCGUGAACACCUUCGGGCACGAAAACAAGGAGAACUUCCCCGGCGACUUCGACGACGACGACUUCCUCUUGGCCGAAGCGUCGAUAGGAGAGCCGCGCGGGGAAUACGACGAAGCUUUCAACGAACCUCUGGGAAUUGAGGACGACUUUUGUGAUCGGAGUCCUUCUGCGAACCUCCCUGGGAAUAUUUCUCAGUCCCCCCAGCACCAGAAUGGAGGAGGAGCAAAAGCAGGAAGAAACUCUUCUGAUUCACCUGCAACCGCCGACCAGCAUCAAGUAUGGAACUCAGGAAUGAGUGCGGUCUUCAAGGAAUCCCAGGCGCCGUCGGGUGCACAAGGCCCUCGGUUUCAAAGACCAGGUUCACAAGGCAAUGCUUCUCAAAGCCCACUUGUCGGGCCUCAGGCUACUCAAGGCAAUCAAUUCCAGAGAAACCAAUCCCAAAGACCACCUAGUACACAGGGCAGUCGAUUCCAACGGCCACCAUCUGCACAGGGGAAUCAGGUCCAAAGACCACCUGUUGCACAACACAACCAGUUCCAGCGACCACCACAGACUGAGGGAAAUCAGUUCCAGCGACCACCACACACUGUGGGCAAUCAGUUCCAGCGACCACCAAGGACUUUGGGCAAUCAGUUCCAGCGACCACCACAGACUGUGGGCAAUCAGUUCCAGCGACCACCACAGACUGUGGGCAAUCAGUUCCAGCGACCACCACACACUGUGGGUAAUCAGUUCCAGCGACCACCACACACUGUGGGCAAUCAGUUCCAACGACCACCACAGACUGUGGGCAGUCAGUUCCAGCGACCACCACACACUGUGGGCAGUCAGUUCCAGCGACCACCACACACUGUGGGCAGUCAGUUCCAGCGACCACCACACACUGUGGGCAGUCAGUUCCAGCGACCACCACAUUCUGUGGGCAAUCAGUUCCAGCGACCACCACAGACUGAGGCAAAUCAGUUCCAGGGACCACCACACAAUGAGGGAAAUCAGUUCCAGAGACCGCCUAAUGAGCAAAGCAACCAGAUCCAACUACCAGGUAAUCAUUUCCAACAGUCUCAAUGUUCACAAAACCAGUUUCAGCGACCUCCAAAUACACAGGUCAGUCAGAUCAAAACAUCCUCAGCCCCACAAGGUUACCAGCUCCAACCAACACAGAGUACUCGGUUGCAGCGACCAUCCAGUCAGUUCCUAAGAGGUCCUACUUGCCAGUUUCAAAGGCCUUCGGGUACGCAGGGGCGACCACCUACCAUCCAAGGCAGCCAGGUCCAACAACCUCCAUUUUUGCAGAAUAAUCAGUUCCAACGACCACCACGUGCACAUGUUACUCAGUUCCAGGGACCUCCUAAUGCACAAAACAACCAGUUGCAGCGACCACCUUGUACACAAGGAACUCAGUUCCAAGGAUACCAAGGUACCCAAAAUACCCAGUAUCAAAGACCAGUUGAAUCACACGGUAACUAUUUUCAUGGACCGUCGACCACGCAAGGUAGUCAGUUCCAGAUUAUACCUGGGACUCAAGAUGACAAUAAGCACCAGUUCCAGCAACAAUCAGCAGGGCAGGGCAGUUGGCAAAAUCAGAAAAUACCUGGUGUACAAGGUACUACCUUCCAAAUGCCAACUAGUGAGCCACCUGCCGUGGGAUCUCAGUAUGAGGGAAUACAAAGCUCACAUCAUUAUCCUUUUCAAAGAGGUGAUGUUGAUCGGGUGAACAAUUUAAUGUCAAAUGAGCAAAGUAGCCAUCAGCAGAUGGAAAAUGAUGUACAAAUGCCAUCUAGUGGGAACCAGAUUCAUGCAGAGCAUUUUGAUUCUGUUCAUCGCAACCUGUCGUUCUUAAUGUCGAUGGCGAAUAACAUGAAUCAGGAGUCGGUGUACGUGGAAAAUCAAGGCGAAUUUCGGGGAAGUGCAAGCUAUGUCGGAGCGGGAGACGCACUGCAAGAUCCCAGUUAUUGUUUAGAUUAUGCAACAGGAUGCAAUUCAUUCUCGGGAGACUUUUACGCUUCGCCCGGCGUAAUUGCGAGCGGGCCUUCCACCAUGCCUUUUGAAAGGCCUGAGACUUUUCCCCCCGGAACCGGCCUCGCCCCUUUGCACGGAGCGCGGAGUCAAACAUGGCCGGCGAAAAACCCCGCGAGCCGGGAAUGGCGGAGCUCGAGCCAAGGCCAGCAGGCGAAGGCGAUGGGCGGAAGUUUCAGCAGGAGCGACGCGGCUCGCCAGAACAAGCCCGUAGCAGGUGUCCGGCCCUUCGUGUCUGUGACGACGACCACCGCAGCCGCAGCUAAGGGGAAGGACGACCUCUUCUCUCAUCUUACCAAGGAAUGGGCGGAGCAGCGACACAAAUUAGGAGGAGGAGGAGGGCGCGAGGGCAAGGCAGAGGACAACACAGGGAAGCACAUACUCCUGACGGGGAGCGGCGGGGCCCCUCCCUCGGCGCCCAAGAAGUCCCACGAAGACUGGCGGGACCUGGAGGUGUUCCAGUGGUGUCGCCAGCAGGAGCGGCUCUCCCUGGACUCUCUGUACAAAGGAAGCGACGCCCAGGAUGCCACGAAGGAGGCGCUGUCUCAGUCCUCGGAAUACCAGCAGGCAGCUAAUACCAGCUUUCCCACAAGCCUCCCUCCCUCAGAAGCCCUCGCCGAUUAUCCUGGCGCGGAGGGGAACCUUGGGUGCCCGGGGAAUGCUGGGACCACGAACCUCAACGUGACUACCACGCAGAAGGUUGUGGAGGGCGGCACAGGCGGGCGUGUGGGCGUGACGCUGUCAAACGUGGGCGGCGUGCAGCAGAACAUCAAUAUUAAUUUGUCAAACUUUGUGGACAGCGGAGUUAGCAGUCAGACAAGCAAGGGAGUCUCCAGCGCCCAGAAACAGGUAUGA